UCCCCCUGCGGGCUGCUCAGCUGGUGCACAGCCUGGCCGAUUGGCUGGGUGGGUGGUGGGCUGUAGGUGGUGUAGGAGAUGGGCCAAGGUUCCGAGUUGUCCUGAUGAGGAUUCGGGAAGGUUUGACCAGAAAAAUUCUGUCCCCGGCUUUGCACCAGAUCCUUUAUUCCUGUCUCCGUCGGCUCCCCCACUUCGGUGCUUACACUGAAAGAGCAUCCUGGCAGGGGGUCUUCCUGCCCCGAAGCAGCCUAUCCAGAGACCCCCCCAGAUUGUGAUCCUGAAGUUGGAGGCCUCAGGGGAAGCCUAUUUCUGUCCUUUUAGAAGGAUCAGAGGAGUUGAGGCUGCCUGACCUGGUGUAAUAGUGGGGUUUAGAGGCUUGGGCAGCAUGACGACGGAGACCUUUGUGAAAGAUAUCAAGCCUGGGCUCAAGAAUCUGAACCUUAUCUUCAUUGUGCUGGAGACAGGCCGAGUGACCAAAACAAAGGACGGGCACGAAGUUCGGACCUGCAAAGUGGCAGACAAAACGGGCAGUAUCAAUAUCUCCGUCUGGGACGACGUGGGCAACCUGAUCCAGCCUGGGGACAUUAUCCGACUCACCAAAGGGUAUGCUUCAGUGUUCAAAGGUUGUCUGACACUGUACACUGGCCGUGGGGGCGAUCUGCAGAAGAUUGGAGAAUUCUGUAUGGUUUAUUCUGAGGUUCCUAACUUCAGUGAGCCAAACCCAGAGUACAGUACCCAGCAGGCACCCAACAAGGUGGUGCAGAACGACAGCAGCCCUACGACUCCCCAGCCUACCACGGGACCCCCUGCCACUUCUCCAGCCUCUGAGAGCCAGAACGGGAAUGGACUGAGUGCCCCACCAGGACCUGGUGGUGGCUCACAUCCCCCCCACGCUCCCUCUCAUACCCCUAGCACACGAAUCACUCGAAGCCAACCCAACCACACACCUGCAGGCCCUCCUGGCCCCUCUAACAACCCUGUUAGUAACGGCAAAGAAACCCGGAGGAGCAGCAAGAGAUAGCAAGACACUCUUCCUUCCCGCCAUCAACCAUAUCCAAGUGUCUCUGCCAGUGAGCAAGACAGCCUUCUACUGGGCUUCUGGCUUUGGGAUUGGGAUAGAGGGGGACAACAUUUUAGCAACUAAACUUCACUGGAGGGGUGGUGAGCAGCGAGCGGCCUUAUCCUCCCUAAGGCCAUACUCUCCCGGCAUCCAGCUGAAGCUGUCUGUCUCCUUGGAUUCAGGACCCUCUGCCUGCCCGCCUUCCUCUUUAGAAACAAUAGUUACAAUCUGUUUCUUCUGUGUGUAAUUGGGGGUUUAAAUUGGAAUCUCUCCUUCCUAAUAAAUGUUACCACUCUG